GCGCGCGGGCGGCAGUGCGGCGCGCGGAGCUGGGAGCGCUCCUUCGCCACCCUCGCAGAGAGCCUCCGCGCCCCGCCCCCGCCGCAGACAUGGCCAGCGGGGGUCUGCAGCUCCUGGGGUUCGUGCUGGCCUUCCUGGGCUGGAUCGGCAUCAUCAUCAGCACGGCCAUGCCCCAGUGGAAGAUGGCAUCUUACGCGGGGGACAACAUCGUCACGGCCCAGGCGCUCUACGAGGGGCUGUGGAUGUCGUGUGCCAUGCAGAGCACGGGGCAGAUCCAGUGCAAGGUGUACGACUCGUUGCUGAAACUGGAGAGCAGCCUGCAGGCAACUCGAGCUUUGAUGGUGGCUGCAAUACUCCUGGGCCUUGUGGCUGUAUUUGUUUCUGUGACUGGCAUGAAAUGCAUGAAGUGCAUGGAAGAUGACCAGGUGAAGAAGAUGCGUAUGGCAGUCUUUGGUGGGGUGAUCUUCAUCGUUGCAGGUUUGGCAGCACUGGUGGCCACAUCAUGGUAUGGCAACAGAGUGGCUCGGGCCUUUUAUGACCCUUUCACCCCUGUCAACACCAGAUUUGAGUUUGGAUCAGCUCUCUUCAUAGGCUGGGCAGCUGCCUCUCUUGCCAUCCUUGGGGGAGCCUUCCUCUGUUGCUCCUGUCCACGGAGAGAAACUUCAUAUCCACCCACUCGAGGCUAUCCGAAAAACGCUCCCUCCACAGGGAAGGAUUAUGUAUAAUGAAACAAAGAGGAGGAGCCACCAGCACUGGUAGUGAAAGCAUUUUGAAGAGGACACUACAAUGCCACUGUCUUGAGCAGAGUUCAGACUCUAGGUUCUGCCUUCCUCUUCUCCUCCUCCCAAAAUGUGUAUAUUUUUGUAAUCCUCUUUGCUACUGGACAUAACUUCUCUUUUCUCUCCCAGCCCAUGGAGGAAGGCUAGCCUAGGUUUAUAGGUGUUGCCACUGAAAAGAUGAAGCCUCCAAGCUUGGGUUAAGUUUAGUAUUUGGGAGUAAAAGGGAAAAAUGAUACUGUGGUUUUUUUUUAGAUGGAUGUUGGUGCUUUUUUAGUUGUUUUUUUUAAAGGAAAAAGAAAAGGUAACAAAUUCAGUCCCAUAUCCCACCCAUUAAGUUAGAGCCCAGUGUGGUGUGUGUAGAAGUUAAAGGAACAUAAUUAUAUCUAUAAAGUGAUGAAACCAAUAGCUUAAGGGGAAACAUAAUUUUAAGGAGAAGACUUCAUAUGUAGGAAUGCUUGAAGAGAUCUAAAAUGCUCUUGUACUGUUUUAUUGGUGUCAUCUUCAGCACCCUCCUUUCUGUGCAGGUUGGCAUGACAAAAGGGUUAACAGUUAAAUUGCUGUGAUUUAAGUUGAAGCCCAUAACUGUCCAUGCACUGCUGCUGGCCAACAGAAGAUGCUGUGUUAAGGUGGCUUGGCUUAACCGUGUGUCAUUGCUCUUUGACAAGAUCUUGUGUGUUGAUUGUGUCUGACCAAAGGGCUACAGGGUUCUGUUUACAGAGGUUAGCAGACUCCCAAAGCAGCCACGGGUUUCCUUGGUGUCAGGGAAGAACUGAAGAAAAAUUAGUGCCUUCUGUUUUCACUGGUCUCUGGUGGGGCUGUUGGUGCUGUUCUUAGACACAGAGUGCUGCAAGUGAUUGUUUCUUCAUGUUUCCACCCUAGUACAUAACUGAGCUUGAAGCUUUAUCCCAUUGUGUGUGUUACAGGCCACCUUUUAAUAAACACUGUCCUCCUACCUUGAGUCUUUCGUGUUUGGGCUUAGUUACUGAUUUGGGUUUGCCGUAUGCAGCUUAGGUGUCCAACCCAAACUGAAUGCACUGCCACUCCCUGAUGGUUUCCCCAAGGAUGCCUCACAUGCUGCCAUUUCAUCCUGUCUUUUUCUUGCAAAUGCUUUCAGUGGUAUGAAAGCAAAUUCCAAGGAAACUACCCCAAAGAUUAUGGCAUUUUCUUUUCAUCCAAGCUCACCAAAGAGGAAGAAAACAGCAUUGUAAAGAUAGAGCCAUCCUUGCAUAAGUCAUCUUAAAAAGGCAGCUCAUAAAGCUUCCCACCCUUUCCUCUGAAGCACCCAGUCUCACUUGGGUGUUUGACUAAUACUGGCUGAGGUUGGAUGGACUGAAGUCUUGUAAUUCCUCAAAGGAUUGUACCAGUUCUCCAAAGCUCAACCUGGCUUUUUCUACAGGAGGUUGCUUCUGACAAGGAUUUGCAAUCGUGUAUGUAUUCAGAGGUGUCAGAUUGCUUGAUUUCCUUCUGCAGACAGGGAGAGCUUCUGGGGCUGAGCUGUAUAUAACCAUAGCAUGGUGGUUUGUAUAAGCCUUGUACCUCUGACCUGACUCUGCAACAUUAAUCAAAGUUACAAAAAAAAACCCAACCUCCAACCAGAACAUUUGCUUCAGGCUUGAUUUGAUGCUGACCUGUACUUGGAGCUGGAUCAUGUGGCUUCCACUUUUCCAUGGGGAAUUGCCUAUGCACAGCAGCUGCCUCAUGAGAGCUCUUAGGGGGUGGCAGUUCAGGUGACGUUAAAGAGCUGCUGGAGUCUGUGCUUUUGUUGUUAGCAUUAACUCUCAGUCAGGAAGCAGAAGCUUCUCUUGGGAAUUGUAUAAAAUGUUUAAACAAUUUCAAUAAAUGGACUUUUUUUUAAGGAAA